AUGUCGUUCCUUCUUCGACGAAGUGUCGUAACUGCCUUUGCUCCAUCAUCACUCCGCCGUGGUCAAGUAAUGGGUGCCGCCUCCAAUACCAUGAGAUGGAUGUCAACACAAGAUGCUCCCACGGAAAAGACAGAAGAAGAAAAGGCCGCCAUUAAAGCGGAGCGAGAAGCUAGAAAGGCGGAGAAGGAACGCAUAAAGGCAGAAAAGAAGGCCAAGAAAGCAGCAGAAGCAGCAGCUAGGGAAGAAGCAGAAAGAAUUCAUGAAGUAAAUUACCUAUCAUAUGACGAACAAGAUAACUACGAACCCUUUGGAGAUUUGGUGCGGACCAUGUCCAGAAGUCGAACCGGACGAGAAUUUGCCGUGGUCGAAGACUUGGAAACCAAAUACAAGCCUGGUGACAAAGUCUGGUUGAGAGGGAGAUUGGACUCGAUUCGUGUCAAGGGUGGAUCAUGCUUUUUGGUCUUGAGACAAGAUUCGUUCAACACGGUUCAAGCAUGUUUCUUCAAGGAUAAGGAAAAUCCAGAAUUCUCGAAAAAAAUGCUCAAGUACCUCAAAUCUUUGACUGUGGAAAGUGUGGUGGAUAUCGAGGGCACUCUUACGGAAUCAGAGGUUAGGUCUUGUUCCAUCAAGGGCGUGGAACUUCAAAUCGGUCGCAUUCAUUCAGUUACCAAGGCUGCCUCCAUCCUUCCAUUUUUGGUCGAAGACGCAUCUAGAAGUGAGGCUGAAGUCGAGGCAUCUCAAGAAACAGAUCGUCCCUUCCCACGACUAGGACAAGAAUUGAGAUUGGAUAACCGAUGGAUGGAUUUGAGAGCUCCGGCAAACAACGCCAUUAUGAGAGUCCAAUCUAUGAUCUGUCAAUUGUUCCGUGAAUCCUUGUAUUCUCAAGGCUUCAUCGAGAUCCAUACUCCCAAGUUGAUUGCUGGAGAAAGUGAGAGUGGUGCUGGUGUAUUCACAACUGACUACUUUGGAACGACUGCUUGUCUCGCCCAAUCACCUCAGCUGUACAAGCAAAUGGCCAUCUCGUCCGAUUUGACCCGUGUAUUUGAAAUUGGACCCGUCUUUCGUGCCGAAAAGUCACACACCCGUCGCCACCUCUGCGAGUUCACUGGACUAGAUUUGGAAAUGGCAAUCAACGAUCACUACAUGGAGACUUUGGAAGUUAUUCACAAUAUGUUCAAGCACAUCUUCACCAACUUGGAAUCUAGAAUGGCAAAGGAACUUGUUGUCAUUCGUGAGCAAUAUGCCUCGGAACCUUGCACGUUCACGGAAGAACCGUGCGUGAUUCAUUGGCCAGAGGCCAUGGAGAUUCUCAAAUCAGAAGGCUUUGAUAUUGGCGAAGGCAUGAGUGAUUUGAGUGGAGCAAUGGAACUUGCUCUUGGAAAAGUGAUCAAAGAAAAGUACGGGACUGAUUUCUUUAUGCUUGACAAGUAUCCCAUGGAAAUUAGACCAUUCUACACCAUGCCCGAUCCUGAGAAUCCCAAGUUUUCCAAUUCCUACGAUAUUUUCAUUCGCGGACAAGAGAUUUGCUCUGGCGCACAACGGUGUCAUGACCCCGAUUUGGUGACUGAGCUUUUGAAGGAGAAGGGCAUUGAAGCUGGCGAAGGCCUCGAAUCCUACGUUGAGUCCUUUCGCCACGGAGUCUUCCCUCACGCUGGAGCAGGUAUCGGGUUGGAGCGAGUUGUGUUCUUGUACCUAGGACUUGACAAUGUACGAAAGGCAUCAAUGUUCCCAAGAGACCCCAAUCGAUGCACGCCCUAA